AUGGAUAUCUCGUCUUUUCAAAGACGGACUACUUGGCAGGCAAGGGAACUGCAUGAGAGAGUGGCCCCAGACCGCUGGUGCGUGACCCUUUCUGACCUGAAGUUCUUGAAGAGCAGUGUUGAGUCCUCCAUCGACAGUGGGGCCAUAAAGCCUCCGGCGGAUGGGUCGGAUGUCUUCAGCAGCGAGGAUCGAUUGUACGGUCCGAGCAUCUACACUGUGACGGAGCAGCAUAUCAAGCCUGUGACAGCACUCGCGGGCAAGAUGAGCUGGGCUUUGAUGCGAAAUCCUAAUGGCUUGGACUGCGAUCUCUUCAUCAGCCAUGCGUGGCAGGAGGGUAUCUUCGAGUUCAUGUCGAAAGUGGUGCACUCCUGGCCGAGGUUCAUGCGGCAUGCUUGGUGCUGCAUGCUGGCAAACCCCCAGCAUUUGGACAUCGCAGCAAUGCUACAGUCGCCCAGGCAUUCACCUUUUGCAAUCGCCUUGCAAGCUUCCAAGGUCGUUCUGGCAGUUCCCAAUCGACACUGCUCAAUUUAUACACGACUAUGGUGUGCUUAUGAAGCUUACCUAGCCGAGGAGCAGGACAAGAUUAUAUUGAUUGCAAGGGCAUCCAACAGAUACAACAUCUGUCAGUCGAUGGUGAAAAUGGCUUCGGCUGCCAUGGUUGGAGUGCUUCUGGGUUGGGUGGUUAACUUUGGACAUGCGACGGUGACCUUCAACCUGGUUUUCUUAUGCAUCGCAACUGCGGCUGCUGCCUGGAGCAUGG